GCAGGUAGGCAACAACGCACGAGCAGAACCGCGACGCGAUCGAGUGAUCGAGUGCACGGUCGGUCGGUGAUCAUGGCGAGCAGGACGGUGGAUGUCACCCUUGUCUCCGCGAGGGAUCUCAGGGACGUCAACCUCGUCUCCAAGAUGGAGGUCUACGCGAUCGUCUACAUCGCCGGCGACCCCAUCUCCCGGGAGCGGGUCCUCGCCGACCGCACCGGCGGCCGCAACCCCACCUGGAACGCCACUGUCCGCGUCACGGUCCCAGCCUCCGGCUCCGGCAGCGGCGCUCUGCGCGUGCUCCUCCGCACAGAGCGCCCCCUCGGCGACCGUGACGUGGGCGAGGUGAUCCUCCCGCUUACCGAGAUCCUAGCCGGCGCCGGCGACGAGCCAACUGGCGCCACGCAAGGCGCCUACAAGGUGCGCAAGGUCGGCUCUAGCAAGGUUCACGGCGUGCUCAACCUCUCCUAUAAGCUCGGAGGAGUCAUCCACCCACCCGCCGGCCAGUACCAGCAGGUGGGAGCGACGGGGUACCUGGCGGCAGCCGCUGCGCCGUACGCGUCUGCUCCGCCGCCGGAGCAGCUCAGCUACCCGUACCCGUGCCCACCCCCGACAAUGGUUCGGCCGCUGCGCAUCAGCAGCCGGUAAAAGCGCGGCGAUACCGGAAAGAAAUAAAGCGCGCGCGGCGCGGCAAACCACUCUUGCAGUGGCAUGGCAUGGCAACCUUUGCUCUGUUCUGCUCCGCUGAUACAGAGAAAUGGUGGCUUGGUGAGUGGGUUAGCCACUACCCACUUGUGGAGCAACGGCGAAAUGCUGUGUACCAGUAAAUCUUAACGAAAUGUAUAAUAUCCGCAGCAACUUUUUGUAUGCUGCGUACUAACUAAUAAAUCUGAACGGACUAUGUUGUAUCAAUAUUAAAAUGAAAGACUCGCAUGGAAACAUGUGGUUAGCAAAAUCAAAAUUCAUAUAAAUUUUUUUAAUAUUCAAAAUGAAUGUUGGUUUAUAUUAUAU